AUGUUCGUCAACACAGAAGCCCACUUCUCCAAAAGGCAAUCAGUCGAGAGCAAGGUGGUAGUGGAUCACGAACAUAUCGCUUCCCAAAUCCUCCUCAGCCUUGCCAAUACCCGUUAUGCCUGCGUGGAUUGUGUGCCUUUGGAAGGGGGUGCGAUAAACUACAUAUAUCGGGCGACUCUUAGCUGCCCCCUUCAUGACCAAAAUGAAACGGUUGUUUUGAAGCAUGGACUUGGGCAUGCGGCUAAUAUUCGUGAUUUACAGACACCCGUGAUUCGAUGCUUCGCUGAAGCAGCACUUGUCAAAGCCCUCAAUAGCCUUGACUCUGGUAAUACCAGUUCCAACGGAAUAAUGGUACGAACACCUCGCCUCUAUGACUUCGUAAACGAUCCAUGUAUUCUUGUUUUCGAGGACUUCAGCGGAUCCAUGACUUUGCAAGAUUUCUUCAACGACCGGCCUGAAGGAUACAAUGCGGACAUUGCAACCGCGAUUGGCAAUUCCCUUGGCAAAUGGCUGUCGUGGUUCCAUACUGAACCACAAUUUGCAACAACCGAAGAAUUGGCGAUGACUGUCAAGAUGAACAGCAAUGCUAUAAGAAAAAGGUUGAUGUCAUGGUACCUGAAGAACUUCUUUGAUAAAGUACAGGCAUCACAGGCACUGCCAGCUGACAGCCUCAUGCGACUCGUGGCACAUGCCAAGGCUUUCCUGUCAAAAGAAUUGGACAAACAGAGCGGGAAUAACUCAGGCUUCAUCCACGGGGAUUACUCGCCAAGAAACACCCUCAUACAGUACACCGCAGAAAAUUCGAAUGAUAUUACUCUCUGUGUUGUUGACUGGGAGACAUGCCAGUUCGGUAGCUAUAUGCAGGACAUCGCUCGCUUCAUAGCGGAUAUAUAUGUUCUAUCCCAUUUUAAUGGGAAUGAGUUCAGCGUGCAGCUUAUGGAUGGUAUAAUGAAGGGUUAUAGGCGACUAAAUGAAGAAGAACUCUUUCAACUCGCAGCCUAUAUUGGCAUACUUCUUCUGAAUUGGGAGUUUGUGAUUGUGGACGACGGCCCUGGUGGAGACGAGUUGAAGAUGACGAUCGCCGCAUUUGCGGCAAAUGUCUUUUUGAAAGCUUGCGAAAAGGAUAGAGAAUGGUUCACAAAUGGCGAUCUGAGAUGUCUGUUCAACUAACAUCUAUUCUUGCUUUCUUGGAAACUCAUCCUACCUCUCACUUCCAGCUUUAUAUCAAAUUCAAGUUGGG